UACCUUGACAGAGCUGGAAAAUCCUUGGCGAAGCAGUCUCGUCGCAGCAACAGGAAGAAACAUCGUACAGUUUCGUCACCGCGAUGAAAAACGACUCAGCGCUUGGAAAUAUCACGUUUUUUGUGAUCUUUUUAUUAUUCGCGGGCAUAUCGGACGGAAAACCUAUUGAGUAUGAAGAUAUUGAAAAUCUGUUACCAACGGAACCUCAGACUACGAAUGAUACAUUAGCCGCUAUUGUGAGAGAUCCGGUGGUGCAAGAUGCUGUGCAAAAUACGGUCGGCAAUGGAACUUUACAAGGCCUGGUAGUAAAGAAGAAAGUGCUCGUUAUGCCCGCCACUGAACCCACUAAGGUGGUGUCACAGCGUGAGCAGGUUCUCGUCGUGCCCAUGAUGCAUUUAGAGGAUGUACGGAAAAAUAUAACGGAGACCGUAAAUGCGGAAACUGAUGUAGACGGCUUGACAUCUACAGCUGCUCAAUCUUUCACCGAAACUGAUGCGGAUGAAUACACAAACUCGGAAAGCACAGAUAUUUCUUCGUCCUAUGGAUCGCAGCCUGAUGAUUUCUACGAAGCAUUAACCGAGACGUCUAAAACCACGCGGAAGCCGUUCCUUAUCGACAACAUACCGCAAGAAAUUCCAUAUCUCGUGCCAAACCCAAGUCAGGAAAUAGCGCCUCCGGAACAUCCACAACCCGCAAUAUCGGUACCAAUCAUCGCGUUCCUCGAUCCCGCAAAAAUUUCUGAUGAUAAAAUUGACGUGCCGAUCGCGGCGGCGUUAUCGCGGCAAGAUGAAACCUUAAAGAGCCAAUUGGAGAACGGGCGCGACGAAAUUCAACGGAACGUUCAAAAUUACGUCGACAAAAGCUCGUGGAGCGUGGAUCCCAAUAAUUGGCAACUUAAUCCAUCCCCUUCGGAGAUGGAAGUAUCAUCUUCACCGUACGGGCCGAGUACAAAAGAGAUCAAAUAUAUGAACAAUAUUAAUUCUGAAAAUACGUUGCCCGUUACAAUGUCCCGUAUUGAUGUUGUAACGCCACUCUUUUGGACUUCGGAUGCGGAUAUUAAUUAUCCCAAAGAUCCACGCGACAUGGAAGUCGCCGCGGAUAUUGUCUUUAGACCGCUCUUCAGAUACCGACAAGAGGUGCAACGGAGAUCUUACAGAAAGCCGGUAUAUCAAAGAUACAAUCCUUACGAUUCUUAUCCAAGACGUAAUUAUCGAUAUAGACCCCGAUAUUCCGAUGAUUAUUAUUAGUAUUUUAAUAAUAGAAUGUAUGUUCUUAUUACUAAAAAAUUGAUAUGACGUAAGUAAAUAAUUAUCUUUCAUAAUAAUAGUGUCAAGUUAAAUGUUAGCUAUGCUAACUUAAUUUACAUUAAAGUUACAUUAAACUACAUGAAAACUACGAAUUACUAUUUAUAGCGAUUUUUAUAUUUUGAACUCAAUUUUUUCAAGUUUGUAAAAUUUGAUUGAUAAAAUGCGCUUGGACCUGCAGUGUUUGAGUUAAUAAAUAUUAACUAUUAAAUAAAAAAUAAAUUAUAUUUCAGAAACUGUCUAA